AUCCUUUUAUCAAUGUUGACACAAUAACAGAUUUAAUACAAAAUAUCAAUUUUACAAUUAUUCUGACCACAUCAGGCGUAAUAACUGGUAGAACUAGAGGUGAUAGUCCGGCUCGUGUUGAUGGUAAUACUCAAUCAUUGAGAUACUGUGAUGGUGACGGUGGAGACGGUGGCAGGGGAGGUGUGUCAGGAAGAAUUCAUCAAGGAGAAUUUUUUGGAAAACAGAAUUGGCCUACACCUAAUACUCAUGGUGGAAAACAAAGACGUUACAGAUCAGAUUUUGCACCACGUAAAACUAAAUACCGUAAAGCUCAUAAAGGUAGAGUUCCGGUACGUGUAGGUGGCUCAACAAAAGGUAAUACAAUAGCAUUUGGAGAAUACGGUCUAAGAGUUACAUAUGGAGUACGUCUAACUUCAGCUCAGUUGACAGCAGCACGUAAUGCAUUAAAACGUAAGUUAAAACCAAUAAAAGAAGCAAAACUUUGGAUGAGGGUUUUUCCAGACAUUCCAGUUACUGCUAAAGGCAAUGAAGUUAGGAUGGGUAAGGGUAAAGGAUCAUUCGAAUAUUGGGCUUGUCGUGUACCGAUGAAUAAGAUUGUGUUUGAGAUAGGUGGUGGAAAUAUGAGAAGAGAAGUAGCUAAAGAUAUUUUGAAGAUGGCAUCUGAUCGAUUACCAGUGGUGACUGAAUUUGUAGAAAUUGAUCGGAAAGUUGCU